UACAGAUCGAAGCACGAGUUUGUGUCUCAUAGUCGUCCCUCGGAAGAACGCAUAUAAAGGACAUACACCUAACUUGCGACGUAAGGGUAAAUGUACAAUAGUAAAUUUCAUGUACGUAUACAGUUGAUCUUUAUGCGGCUAAUUAUAUAACAGCAUACGAAAUAAUAUUGGAAAAAUAUUUUGUAGUUUUGUUGUGAUGAUGCGUGUUUUUCAGGAAUGGUGACUAAACGGCAACUAACGGGGAUAUUAUAAUAUUAUAUAGUAACAACAUGAAUAAUAAAUUUUUGUUUUCGAGAACCCUCGGUCGGUUGUCCGCCCAACUGAAACUCGUGCCCGGGCCGGCUGCAAGGUUGAAUGCGUGCGUGCGUGCGUGUGCGCGUGCGCGCGCGUGUUGUGUGCAGCUGUGGUUAUGACGAUGCGGUGCGGGGCGAUGAGGUGGUGCCGGGUGACAGAUCGCCGCCGACGCGCACCGCGUAGCCCGACAGGUUGGCCAACCGCGUGUCGACGACAAAUCGGUGGCCGACCGACCGUCCGCGUACGUCUGUCGCGGUGGCCGCCGCCGCGGUCUUCGCCCGUCGGCGGGCGACCGAUGGUGGUAACAGUGUUCGCCGCGCACACUCGACCGUCGUCGGACCGCCGCCGUCGUCCGACCGUAGUCCGUACGACUCGUGCACGACAUUCGGUCGUAGUCGCUGUCGUGAUCGCUGGGAACGUCGCGCGUUUCGUUGAUCGAUCGCGAACGAAUUGGGCGGGGCACGCGAUCUCCUGAACGGCGUCCCGAUGAUCGUGGCCAUGGAGAGGAAACUGAUAUCGGAAUUGAUCGAAGAGUACAAGACAUGCACGUGCCUGUGGAGGAUCAAGGAUCCCGACUACAAGAACAGAGAGAUGAAGAACGAGGCGUACGAGUCGCUGUUGCGGUUGAUAAAAAAAUAUAACGAGAGUUGUACAAUGGAUGACAUGAAACGUAAAAUAGCCAAUCUGAGAACAUGUUACUUAAGGGAAUUCAAAAAAGUUAUGGAUGCCAAGAGAUAUGGUGGAAUAUAUGAGCCCAGUUUGUGGUAUUACAAAUCCUUGGAGUUCCUAAACGAUCAGCAUCACAGUGAAGACAGAGUACGGUUGGGCCGUAGUUAUCCGGAUAAUAGCGAUGAAGAUAACGAGUCAACCGAGACACAAAACAUAUUGGUGUACGAGGACGUCGAUGACCGUGCCGGGUCCGAGGACAAGGAUUCGUGUUCCACCGAACCGGAGUACCAACAGUCCUGCACGGCCGUUAACAGUAACUUGCAGACCGUAUUGAACGGCAGUGGUGACGGCAGUGGCGGCGGAGAUGGCGUCAAAAGACCCAAAAGACGGCGACGGUUGUUGGACGUGUCGGCGGUACAGAACGGGCCGUCCGCCAGACCGUCGCAGUCACAGCCGCCGCUAGACCGGUACUCGGGCGGUACCGGCGCCGCCGACUUUUACGAACCUCAAAUAUUGGGCGGCGUGGGCGGCGACCCGUCCGAACUUCCGGUGGCCGACUACUACGACGGUUUCGGCCGGUACGCGGCCAACGAGCUCCGUCAGAUGGACAGACAGUCGGUGAUCAUCGCCAAGAGGCUGGUCAACGAAGUGCUGUUCCUGGGCCAGAUGGGCAUGUUGAACGUGAACACGAGGAUCGAGACGCCGACGACCGGCCGCCGGAAGAACGCUUCCGCGUCGGCCGCGUGCAAGUCGGAAACGCGCAAUCGCCGGCAGCGUCGCCGACAGCAUCGCGACGUGGACGAUGACGACGAAGACGACGACGCGAUCGACGACGGGGACGAGCACGGUGGCGGCGGACUUGAAUCUUCGUCGUCGCCAAUGCCGCCCGUCGAGUUCAUGGAGACCUCGUGAUACGCCGCUGAAAACGAACGAUCGUUCGACGGCUAGCAAUGAUCUGCACCCCCCCAAAGUCCGCGACGAUCGAACUCGAUUUUAAGAAGUCGAAUCUGCGGGUAAAUAUGGCGUGCAUUCAUUGAUUAUUAGGCCUACCUAUAUACACGUGUAUUAUAUUUUGUAAUAAAUAAAAAUUGUUCUAUAAAACCUGUAUAUUUUAUAUUUAUGGUGUGGCCUUCCGUUCGUGUGUCGAAACGAUGGAAUGCGUUCCGAUGUAUUUUUAUGUUGAGUACAAUAUAUAUUAUAUUAUAUUUUUUAAAUUAAUAAAAAAAUAUUUUUUUCAGGAA